ACUGUUAUUCUUUUUAGAUAAAUUUUUUCAGUGUUUAACUCAGUUAAAAUGUUAAUUAAAAUACUGACUGUUAAUUUUAUACUUUUCGUAAAUUUGAAUAAUUUCGUAUUAAGUCAAAGUAAACUCAACUGCUACUAUUCUAAGUAUAUGCUUUAUUAUUUUAACACAAAAGAGAUUUAUUUUAAAAAAAUUGCUUCACAAAAUCCAAUUCCUGUUGGUAAAAUUGAAGAAUUUGAAAACGAAAUAAAAUCUAUGGGAGAAGUUGUUUUAACUUUGUUGGAAAAUUUGUAUUAUAAUUAUGAAAACGAAACCGCAGUUUCAAGUACUAAAGAUAAUAUUAAUCCAUAUACCUAUGCACACGGUUUGCUUACAUUAAAUUUGUAUUUAAAUAAUGUUUCUAAAACUUUAAGACUUCAUACAUAUAGUAAUUUAACAAAUGCAGAAAAAAAAUUAAAAGGAUAUAAUAUUUUUAUAAUAGAAUUUCAAAAAAUUUACCAGAAUAUUAUUGAUUGUUUAAGACGCAGUAUUAGCAAUGAUUGUUUCAAUGGUGCAAUGAAUUAUUAUUACACGCAAGAUUUUUGUUAUGAUAAUAAAUAUGAUAACAAACAUAUAAAAUAUUAUUAUUUUAUUAAAUUAUUACCAGUCUUGUCAAAUUACAAUGAAAAACAAAUUAUAAAUAAUAAAUUAGAAAAAAUGCAAACAUUGAUAAAAUUGGAUGAAGUCGAAGUUGAUUUUAAACUUACAAUAAUGAAAAAACCAAAACGAAAUAUGCAUACAGUAGUAAAAAUACAAAAUCGCUUUCAUCCGAAUAAUAUUUUAUUAUUAAACUUGUUUAGAGAUAAGAGAAACUUAAAAGAAAAUGAAUUAUUAUCUAAUAGUUCAAACCCUAUGGAUUUAUUAAGAAACGUUCCUAUAAAUGUAAAACUAGAAAAUGGAAAAUCAGCAAACGUAACCACAUUAUUUGAGAUGAUACAACGUGAUUUUGAUGUAGACUGUGUUUAUUCAUAUCAGAAACAAAUAUUAGCUGCAACAAUUCACCCUGUGUACUCUUUAAUCGGUACAUUAGUUAUUUUAAUGAAAAAAAUUUAUUUUAGUAAAGCUGAGGGUUACAGUGAGAUUGAAAAACGAUCUAAAGUAUUUCGACAACAAUUAAUUGGUGUGAAUGAUGUAAUUAAAAAAAGCAUUGAAAAUUUAGUAAGUUUUAAAAUAUUUCCCGAAAAUAUACAAUGCCAUUUAGAAGCCACUUUAUUACAUUUUAUAAAAAUUUCUAAUUGUAUUUAUUUGGAUAAUAUUGAAAAUCUAAAACUUAAAUGGAUUGAUCAACUUUAUAGAAGGUGUACUAAGGCAAUGACAAUUAAUUUAUUGAUUUUUGAUGAAACAGUAAAAAAUAUUAAUGUGUACAAUAAAGAUGAAUGCAAUGAAGUAAUAAUACGACUAGAAAAUAAAGUCAAAGAAGUUCAAUCAUAUAUACAAUGUUUAAGUUAUUAUAAAGAGGACUAUCGCAAUAUUUUCGAUCCUAUAACACUGCUCUCCAGAUCUUAUGUAUUAACGGAUGAUUUAGAUUGCAAUAUAAUAAAAAAAAACAAGUCAGGUUAUCAUUUGAUGAAAAAUAAUUAAGAAUUAUUUUUUUAAGAUAAUAUAAACAAAUUAUUAAUUCAAAUUAAAACUAUGGUUUCAUUGUCGAUUAAAUAAAUGCAUAAAUAUAACACUAAAAAAUUCGAUUUCAGUUAAAUAAUUUAAUAAAUCUAUAUGUAUUACUAAUAAUAAUAUGUAAUCAGUAUUAAAACUUAUUUAAAUACAUUUUUAUUAUACAAUUCAA